AUGAAACCGCCGUCUCAGCCCGUUAAGACAAAAGGUGCUCCGAAGAAAGUGAAGUCUACCCCAAAUAACAACUCGACAACACGGUCUCCUUCAUAUUGUGAGCACGUCGACAAACUCUUUCCCGACUCACCUACUCUAAAAUCGCAAAAAUCUCAAAAGAGUUCAAACAAGGGAGCUCGCCUAAGCAAACAACCUCCAACACCUAUUUCACUGCAAGUUCCGCAAGUAUCGACUCCGAUUCUGACACCUAUUGUUACAAAAGUUCCGAUUCCAACACAUAUUUCUCCAUCAACUGAAGAGGUACAAAUUGCUCCAAAAAUUCCAUUCAUUAGCGAGAUGCCGGUUUUUAUGCAUAAAUACAUCGACCAGAUCGUCAAUGUGGUGGGGGACGGUAAUUGUGGAUUUCGGGCUGUAUCGGCUUUGCUUGGUAAGGGAGAGGGUGCCGAUGAGCUUGUCCGUCAUGUUCUUAUCGAAGAGUUGGUGAACCAUAAAGACUCGUACACACGAGUAUUUGGAGACGGAACCAAAUUUCAACCGGUCAACGAAGCUCUUGUUCCUUGGGGGGGCGCCUACGCACCGGUUUCGCAUUGGAUGAGAUUUCCGGAAAUAGGACAUCUUAUUUCAUGCGCAUAUGACAUGGUAUGCAUUGAGUUGAAGCGUUAUGGUUUUUUGGAAACCUUUUUUCUACUACGCACCUCCUACAAAUCCAAUUGA